UUUAAGAUAAAUAAAUUUAAAAGUAUAUAUAAUUUUCUAGGUCGACUUUCUCAGGGACUAAGCCGCCGCCGUCGCUAUCGCCGUCGCCGUCGAUCAUUGUUCAGCUGCUCGAGACGGCCAUCCGGUUCCAUCCUCAACAUUCUUCAAAGCUGAAGCAAUUUCCCGCGUCCUCAAUUGUGGUAUUAGCAUCUCUUUACAAGACUCAUGAGGAAGAAGAAAAAGAAGGCUACAUGGGGAUUGAUAAAUUUGGAAGGGUGUCCAACAACAACUCAACGCAAUGAAACCUCCAAAAGAAAAUUUAAUAUAAAGAAAUACACGCACAUUGGGGGAUUUGAACGAGAAUCAAAUAUGAUACUUCUGUAUGUUAUCGUUGCUGAACGAGCUAUGGAAGCAUUGUCGAUGGUAGGUGAAAGCAGGCGCGAGAUUGAUAUCGUCGUGACUGAAUUUGACCUCCCCGACAUGGAUGGACUCAUGUUUAUUGAGAAAGUUCUUGAAAUAAAGAAGCUACCAGUUUUCGUUUUAUCAGAAUUUGAAAGCCUUGAGGUGAAAAUGGAUUGCCUGUUAAAUGGUGCUGAAUUCUGUUAUGACAAACCCCUGGAUAAAUACACUGCAGAGGGUCUUUGUGAAUUCAUUGUACCUAGAAGUGGUUCAUCUGCCACUUCUGAAAUUUGCUAUAAUAUUUUGGAUUCUCCCGUGUCUAUAAAUGCUGAUAUGCAUAUAGUAGACGAUUUGAUUCUGGAGAAUCGUGAAGAAGUCGUCGCAGAUAACUUCGGUAUGAUCCCCAAGAAGAGGAAGAUCAGUUGGACUCCCGAACUUCAUACAAAUUUUGUUGGAGCAGUCCUCGCCAUAGGCCUCUUUGGUAUAUAUAUACAUAACCUUCAUUAUUAUUGAUUUGUUUC